CGAAAUUGGGGUUUCUUCAAAUUGGCUUCAAUUUCUGCAAUUGAUGGUUGCUUUGUGGUUGGAUGGACUGUGAGAGGUGCCUGGUGGGGUUGCGCGACGUCAGAGGUGGCGGAGGUAGUGGACGGGUCAGCUUUAUGGUCGAUGAGCUUCACCUCCUUGUAGAUCUGCUUUCUCGUGAAGCUCUUUCCGCUGCAGUUGUCGACGGGUGCUUACGGUGGUGGUGCGGGGCUUAUUGUGAGGCUGGAGUUUGGUUGCCGGGUGGGGCUCCUGGUUGCAUGCCGAUGUUGAGGACGCCGAUGUUGAGGACGCCGGGUGGUGCUGAUAGAUCAGGUAUUGUGGAGGCGAAAGAAAAAACAGGGAAGGGCAGAAGGGAUGAGGAGGGGGUUUCGAAGCAGAAGAAGAAGAAACAGCUCUCGCUGUCCGUAGGAUCGCUCAUUGAGAUUUGCACGAGGGAGAAAGGCCUCACCGCCGUCUGGUUCGAGGCCGUCGUCCUCGACCCGAAUCCCCCGACGCCCUCGCACGCCAGAUCCAGCUCCAAAAGGGCCUGCAGAGUCUACGUGGAGUACACCACCCUCCUCUCUGACGACGGCGAGAGCCCGCUGCGGGAGCUCGUCAAUCUGGAGUACAUCCGGCCCCGCCCUCCCACGGAGACUGUUGAGGGCUUUGAGCUCUACGACCCCGUCGACGCGUUCUAUAAGGACGGCUGGUGGACCGGCGUUGUCACUCAACUUCUGGAUUCUAACCGCUAUGUUGUCACGUUCAGGAAACCUCCCGACGAGCUUGAAUUCGGCUUGUCUGAUUUGAGACUCCACCGUAGAUGGGUCUACGGGAAGUGGCUUCAGCCCAAAAGGAAGAACACAACAGGAUUCGGAUUUAGUGUGGGGAAAGAGGUAGAAGUCACAUUUGAGGGAGAUGAUUAUAAGGAUGCCUGGUAUCCUUCAAAAGUCGUUGAGGUCUGUGGUAAUGGCUAUUUUAUGGUGGACUGCAUGAGGCCAAAUACUGAAAUCAAGGAGCAAAUAAGAGCAGCUGUUCGUUCCAGUGAUAUCCGACCAUGUCCUCCGCUCCUCAAGAAUAGUAAAUGUUUUUGUUUGAAUGACAAAGUAGAAUCAUUUUAUGAUUCUGGCUGGUGGUUUGGAGUCAUAAAAGAAGCACUUCCUGACAGUAGCCCAAAUCAAUCUUCCUUGGGGAAUACAGCUCGGAAGAUGCCCCAUAAAGUUGAUGAGCAAGGAUCAGUAUCAGGUCCACAUCGAAAGAGAGGGAGGCCAAAGAAACGUACAGCCAAGCUACCACAAUCUACAUCUCAAGGUAAGCUGAAUAGAAAAAAAGUGAGAUCAUCAAAGACAGUGGUCAGAACUCCCGAUGUACUAAUUGAAUCUCAAAUAUCAGGGUUUUCUCUUAAUGCUGUUGAGGCUCAUGGAAAGGAAAAUGUGGAAUCUGUACCUAUGGAGAAGGCUGUUAGCGAAGGUCCCAUACCUAUGGAGAAGGCUGUUGGCGAAGGUCCCAUACCUAUGGAGAAGGCUGUUGGUGAAGGUUCCGUACCUAUGGAGAAGGCUGUUAGCGAAGGUCCCAUACCUGUGGAGAAGGCUGUUGGCGAAGGUCCCAUACCUAUGGAGAAGGCUGUUGGCGAAGGUCCCAUACCUAUGGAGAAGGCUGUUGGCGAAGGUCCCAUACCUAUGGAGAAGGCUGUUAGCGAAGGUCCCAUACCUAUGGAGAAGGCUGUUGGCGAAGGUCCCAUACCUAUGGAGAAGGCUGUUAGUGAAGGUUCCGUACCUAUGGAGAAGGCUGUUAGCGAAGGUCCCAUACCUAUGGAGAAGGCUGUUGGCGAAGGUACCAUACCUGUGGAGAAGGUUGUUUGUGAAGGUCACAGCAAUGGUUCUGAGGAUGAUCAGCCUCUCUCCACCUGGGUUGGAAAAGUGCCCACUCGAACUCCUGUUGAUGGAUCAAGACUUGCACAACCCCACCAGAGCUUGCCUUUUGUGAAGAAAGACGCACUCAUGUGGGACAUAUUAAAAUCCAGAGAAGCCUUCCAGAAGAUUCCCCAGAACCCUCAUUUUCAGCCGCUCCAACACAGUGAAGAUUUUCGCCGCGAAACUCUGGCUAUCUUCUACAUGUGCACUUUUGCUGUUCUAGUAGACAAGGCCUGCAACUUGAAGCUUGACGAACCCAGAAACACCAUUGACACAAUGUUUGACACACUAGCUGAGCUGGAGACCCAUGGGUUCAGUGUUGACCCAAUCCGCAGCCGCUUGAAGGAGAUCCUGUCAUACAGAGAAGAACAUGAAAACCUGCAAGUCUCUUCUGCUGGGGCCCACACUGAAAUGGAGAAGCAGAGCGCGCUCAAAGCGGACCUGAUGAAGCAGAAAGCUGAGCUGGAGAAAUCCCUUUCCCAGGUGGUGUCCAAGUUGGAGUCAAAGGAACAGGACAUAGCUUCUCUGCAGUCCAGUGUGGAUGAGAUGAACGAGAGGCUCGGACAUUUGAGCAGGGAUUAUGAAGCUUUGAUUUGCAAACCAUUUGAACUGCCCGUACAAAACGUAAUUUANGUACCUAUGGAGAAGGCUGUUAGCGAAGGUCCCAUACCUAUGGAGAAGGCUGUUGGCGAAGGUCCCAUACCUAUGGAGAAGGCUGUUAGUGAAGGUUCCGUACCUAUGGAGAAGGCUGUUAGCGAAGGUCCCAUACCUGUGGAGAAGGUUGUUUGUGAAGGUCACAGCAAUGGUUCUGAGGAUGAUCAGCCUCUCUCCACCUGGGUUGGAAAAGUGCCAACUCGAACUCCUGUUGAUGGAUCAAGACUUGCACAACCCCACCAGAGCUUGCCUUUUGUGAAGAAAGACGCACUCGUGUGGGACAGAUUAGAAUCCAGAGAAGCCUUCCAGAAGAUUCCCCAGAACCCUCAUUUUCAGCCGCUCCAACACAGUGAAGAUUUUCGCCGCGAAACUCUGGCUAUCUUCUACAUGUGCACUUUUGCUGAUCUAGUAGACAAGGCCUGCAACUUGAAGCUUGACGAACCCAGAAACACCAUUGACACAAUGUUUGACACACUAGCUGAGCUGGAGACCCAUGGGUUCAGUGUUGACCCGAUCCGCAGCCGCUUGAAGGAGAUCCUGUCAUACAGAGAAGAACAUGAAAACCUGCAUGUCUCUUCUGCUGGGGCCCACACUGAAAUGGAGAUGCAGAGCGCGCUCAAAGCGGACCUGAUGAAGCAAAAAGCUGAGCUGGAGAAAUCCCUCUCCCAGGUGGUGUCCAAGUUGGAGUCAAAGGAACAGGACAUAGCUUCUCUGCAGUCCAGUGUGGAUGAGAUGAACGAGAGGCUCGGACAUUUGAGCAGGGAUUAUGAAGCUUUGAUUUGCAAACCAUUUGAACUGCCCGUACAAAACGUGUAGGCCUAGGGGUGGGGUGGUGGGGGGGACCCUAGGGCUAUCAAUGGGUCGAUCCCCUGUUUUUGUAUGUUAAUUAUGUAGAAAACUGCUGUUAUGGCUUAGCUCUAAUGACCACUUCCUAGUUUUGAGACCAAAACCCCUCUAGUUUCAUGUUGCAUUGAUAGUGGUUAUCAUUUGAACUUUUCGCUGCUUUAAAAAUCCCAU